CACGUGAACGCCAUAUGUAACAAUUCUGAAGGGUCAUACAGCUGCCUGUGCAAGGAUGGAUAUAAAGGCGAUGGGUUUCUAUGUGAAGAACGAAAAAGCUGCGCCGAACUGCUUCGAGACGGUUGGAAUUCCAGUGGCGUAUAUACCAUCAAUCCAGAUGGUGGCAAUUCGAUACAAGUGUUGUGUGACAUGGCAACGGAAGGUGGAGGUUGGACUGUUUUUCAGAGACGUUUGGACGGCUCCGUUGACUUCUAUCGUGGAUGGGAAUCCUACAAAAACGGCUUUGGAAAUCUGUGUGGCGAGUUCUGGCUUGGAAACGACAAUAUACAUCGUUUGACAGACUCUGAAGACGUCAUAUUGAGAGUUGACCUGGAAGACUUUGAAGGCAACAUCACCUACGCUGACAAGAUGUUGUUUACGACGAAAGAUGUGGACAACGACUUGAGCGUUGACAACUGUGCACUGUUGUACAAAGGAGCCUGGUGGUACAGGAAUUGUCACCAUUCUAACCUCAACGGCUUAUAUCAUGGAGGAUCAUUCAAUGAUUCGUAUGCAGAUGGUGUCUCUUGGAAUUCUUUCAGAGGAAAUUCAUACUCACUGAAACGUACCGAGAUGAAAAUGAAGCCUUCAAAUAGAAAAUAA